CGCCUUCUCUCCUCUCUCAUCUCUCCUUUCUCUCUCUCGUGCUUGAGCUGCUAAAGUGAUCGGGGUACCCGCGGAGACAUGGCAGGAUAUCUGAAAGUCCUCUCCUCUCUGUCGAGGUCUGCUGCAGCCUUGCCCAGGAACCCGGCGGUGCUCGCCCCGGCGGCUGCUCAGUGCCAGCCACAAAGAAACUAUGCCGACAAACGCAUCAAAGUGGCGCAGCCCGUGGUGGAGAUGGACGGCGAUGAGAUGACCAGGAUCAUCUGGGAGUUCAUCAAGGAGAAGCUGAUCCUUUCCAAUGUCGAUGUCGAGCUGAAGUAUUAUGAUCUCGGGCUGCCGUACCGCGACCAGACCGAUGACCAGGUAACCAUAGACUCCGCCCUGGCCACAAAGAAGUACAAUGUGGCAGUGAAGUGUGCCACCAUCACGCCUGACGAAGCCAGAGUGGAAGAGUUUAGCUUAAAGAAGAUGUGGAAGAGCCCUAACGGCACCAUCAGGAACAUUCUGGGGGGCACUGUCUUCCGUGAGCCAAUCAUCUGCCAGAACAUUCCCAGGCUUGUCCCCGGCUGGACGCAGCCCAUCACUAUUGGCAGACAUGCUUUUGGUGACCAGUACAGAGCAACAGACUUUGUUGUGGACCAGCCUGGCAAGUUCAAGAUGGUCUUCUCGCCUGCUGAUGGCAGCGCAGGCAAGGAAUGGGAGGUGUACGACUUCCCCGCGGGUGGCUGCGGAAUGGGAAUGUACAAUACAGAUGAGUCGAUCACAGGCUUUGCACACAGUUGCUUCCAGUACGCCAUUAACAAGAAGUGGCCACUGUACAUGAGCACAAAGAACACCAUUCUUAAAGCAUAUGACGGCAGGUUUAAAGACAUCUUCCAGGACAUCUUCGAAAAGAACUACAAGCCUGAGUUUGACAAACUGAAGAUCUGGUAUGAGCACAGGCUUAUCGACGACAUGGUCGCUCAGGUACUCAAGUCUUCCGGAGCCUUUGUGUGGGCCUGCAAAAACUAUGACGGCGAUGUUCAGUCUGAUAUCAUCGCUCAAGGUUUUGGUUCUCUUGGGCUUAUGACAUCAGUUCUGGUGUGCCCUGAUGGCAAGACUAUUGAGGCUGAAGCUGCCCAUGGCACAGUGACCAGGCACUAUCGUGAGCACCAAAAGGGAAGGUCGACCAGCACUAAUCCCAUCGCCAGCAUCUUUGCCUGGACCAGAGGCCUGGAGCAUCGUGCCAAACUUGAUGGCAACCCCGACCUGAUCAAGUUCUCUCAGACUCUGGAGCGUGUGUGCGUAGAGACUGUGGAGAGUGGUACCAUGACCAAGGACUUGGCUGGCUGCAUCCACGGAUUGUCCAACGUCAAGCUAAACGAGCACUACGUCAACACCACAGACUUCCUUGAUGCCAUCAAGACAAACCUGGACAAAGCCCUUGGCAAGUGAAGAACUUGAAGAAAAGAAUCAAGCUGUAACAUGGAGAUGGCAUUGUCACUCUUCUGUUUUUGUACCUCAUUUUUAACUUAAAAGGUCACUCAAGUCACAUGCAUUUACACCUGAAGGAUCUAUAGAAUGAUGUAGUCUUCUAUUAGGUUAUUAGAGGCUAGAGUUGCCUCCUUAACAUCUUUUGUCCAAUGCCUUGCAAGGUUUUAUUUUUGUAAUGUGAAGUACUGUAUUCAAUACUGUGUAAUGCCUCGGGCAAGACUGCAGCUUAUAUCCUCCGUUCUUGCCAAUAAACCCUGUUGUUUGACCCA